CACCAAUAACUGAUUCACCAACCUCCUCCCUCACCGGAUGUUGGAGCUGGACGCUUGACGGACAUUUUCUUGCGUGGACGGCCCAUUAAGAAAGUCAGCACUAGUCUGUAAUUACUCGUAUGUGUCUUCUAUCUUGUAGUCCAGUUUGAAUGCAUUCAGUGCGCAGGGGGCUCUUUCAUCCCGACGAUACCAAAGUCCUCGGAAUCCUUUCCGGUUCUCCAGGUCUCACUAUAUCUGCAGCUCUUCCUAGUCUGUCGUGGAAAGCACCCCACCUGCAUGGGUCCACUACCCAUAAGUUCGAUACGAUUACGUUCCCAUCUUCCUUUGUUGGAUCUGGUUCAGGUGUUUUCGGCUAUUUAGGUCGCGGAGAGGCGAAACGCGCGACUAGCCAUGCUGAGCUUGGCAAGUAUGCUAAGGACGAUGAUGAUAUAAGUAUCUGGAAAGCCUGGAGGAACUACUCUCGAAUAGCCUAUGCAAACUGCAACUUGGGAAUGGCCUGUGCUUUGUUUCGGACAUCUUGUGGCGAUUUAUUUCACUGCAGCUCGGAGACGAUUCGGUCAAAGACCUUAGACAAUCCUUUGGUAGAGAUCUACGAGGGUCUUGCUGAAGUGACCUUGAAACUAAUCUCCAACAAGAAUGCCCGGUUUUGCAGCAUGGUGAACCAACUCAUCGAUGGGCUGACACCCUCGGCGCCUAACUUCCAGCUGCGUGAUGCUUGGGAUCAACAGAUCAAAAAACAAUUAUGACGGGAAACCCACAUAUGCUCAUGCAGUUGAUGUCUUCACAUAGUAUGCUGACGAUUUUGGAGGUACUGGAAGCGGCUUGAUUUACAUCCAUGAACUUGAGAGU